AUGCUCCCCCAGAUUCAAUAUCAACUGAAGUUCCAGACUUUCUACAAUCGCAUCUCAAAUGGAGGCAUUGCACACCCCCUGGGCGAGCUCUUCCCCCAAGCAGCGACCAUCUGGUCCCACAUCGCAACCACCUACAGCCCUCAAAGAAUCGAAUUCCUAGGCACCCUCCUAAUCCAACUCCUAACGUUCUGGCUGCCCUCGCUAUGCUACAUGUCCCUCGACAAGCUCACACCAACCUUCUCCCAACGCCACAAAAUCCAACCCGCAUCCAAGCAACCCUCCCGCGCCGAAAUAACCCUCUGCAUCAAAGUCGUAGCGAAAAACCAACUCCUCUCAACAAUCCUCCACCUCUCACUCCUGCAAGCAACCAGCUACUUCGGCUCCGCCACCUCAUACCGCAUAACCCCGAUCCUCCCAAGCAUCGCCGAGAUAGCACGCGACAUUGUAAUCAGCCUGUUACUCCGCGAAGCGCUAUUCUACUACGUCCACCGUCUGCUGCAUGUCCCGUUUCUGUACGUGCGCAUCCAUAAAAUGCACCACCGCUUUACGGCGCCGAUUGCGCUGGCGGCGCAGUUUGCGCAUCCGAUUGAGCAGAUUUUUGCGAAUGCGCUGCCUAUCUCGUUGCCGCCGCAGCUGCUGAGGAGUCAUGUUGUUACGUUUUGGUUGUAUCUUGGGUAUGAGCUUGUUAAUACGGCGACUGUGCAUAGUGGGUAUGAUUUUUUUGGGAAUCGGGCGAAGUCGCAUGAUUUGCAUCAUGAGAAGUUUAAUCUGUAUUAUGGGUCUAUGGGGUUGUUGGACUGGGUACAUGGGACGGAUAGGUUGGUGAAGCGGAGGACUGAGUAG